AUGUCAGAUCCCAAGGAACCACAUGGUAUGAGUGACGGUGCUCAACUGAAAAAAGCGAGCAAGAAAAAAACUACUUUCCACUCGGAUGUCUCCCAUCCUCCUGUCGUAACUACUUCUUCAUCCAUUGAUGCAGUGCUUCAGAUUCCUCCGAUCCAAUUGGCAGAGCCAAAACCAGAUACAGACUUUAAGCGUCCAAUGUCCAAGAAACGAAUAAAGUCAACGUCACGAAGCGAUGUGGUUUCAGAGUCGGGUCCCGACAUUUUAUCGACAUUUGAUACCGCUGCGGCGAAAGAGAAAGAAGAUGCCGGACGUGAUAAGGAAAAACGACGAGAGGCGAAGAAAAAACGCACUCAGGAGUUAGAGGAGGCCAAACGUCGUCAAGAAUUAGAAAAAGAGGCUUUCGAACAAGCGCAACGAUUACAUAAUCAACAACAGCGCGAAACUCGUCAAAAACAGCAAAUUGAAGCAUUAAAUGCCAACGCAGAAGAAUGUCAAGAAGAUACAGAGGACUAUGAAGACGAGGACUUUGAAAAUUACGAUGAAGACUUUGAAAACGAGGAGAACAAUUCUGAGCCAAUGUCUUUGCCCGCUUUGGUAAGCAAGAAGACUCAAGGCGACAGCGUGACUACGGCAACGGCUGACGCAGAAUUACGCCGGAUUCAACAAGCCAUGCAGGCAGAGUCAAAGGGAUUACAAUCUAUGUCACUGAAUCCUAGUGGAGGAUCAAGCUUUCGGGACGAGGAACAAUCAAAUGCAACCAAGCGAUCCACGAUCAUCUCCUCGUCGAUUGCUGAUUUGAAGCAGUCCUUGGAUCCACGUGCAAAGCGCAUUAAGAAAAUUCUAGAGCAACGAGAUUUCGGUGUAGAAAAAUUUGUAUUGUUUCAACUCAAUCCUGUCAGUGAGCACGAGAGAGUAUCAAAUCGGCUUCGUAGAGGAUUGAGCAAACAAGCAUUUGUUCAAACAAACGAUGGACCAAGAUCACUGGGUACGCAAACAAAAGCAUUAAAUACGCACGACAAAAGCAUGCAUUUUCCUGAUGACAUUGGCAUCGGUAUGGCCAAAGAUCGCGACAACGAUAAAGAUUUUGCUUGCACGUCAACGUCGCGAUUCUUUAGAUUUCUGGAGCAUGCUGGGUACGUCUGUGAGUGUCUGGCGGUAGAAAACACGAUGGAAUCCGAAAGAUACGAUCAAUCCAAGACAAGCCUAGAAAAUCACAAUCAAUCUGGACAGAAAUAUCAUUUGACAAAGGAUGCCAAAUUGAACCAGAAAUCAAUUUUCCCAAGCAACGAAGAGAAAGCGAUAGGUUCAUUAAGAGCCAUGGUUCAAAAUCGUAACCUUGUUGCCUUACGCUUUUCACCAAUCGUAUCUAAUAUCCUCUUAUCCUGCUACGGAAAUGUUCUCAAAGGAUCAAAUGAACCAGUUGAAAGAUAUGAGAACAAGACCAUUUCUUGUGUUUGGGAUAUAAAUCGGCCAGUACAGCCAAUUCAUGUGUUACAAAGUGAAGGUUUGACAUCAUCAGCUUGUUUAAGCCCAUUGCGAGAUUUGUUUGUCAUUGUCGGUACACAAGAUGGAACAAUUCAUGUCUGGGAUCUUCGACCUCAGUCUACUAUUCAAUCCUCGACCUCGUUAGUCGACGGCCACGCAAUAUGUGUACCUGCGUACUCGACGUGUGGUAUGGACUAUCGUGCCCCAGAGCAACACAUAUCGAAGAUUGUAACAUUAGAAGCCAUUGAUUCGAGUCAAAGCGUCGUAAACACGGAAAUAACAUUUCAAUUUGGAUCAAUGGAUGACCGUGAUUGGUGCCAAAGUAAAACUAAUCAUGAAUACACGCAUCGAAUUGCAGCAGCAAGAUUUUCUGUAUUGAAGUUUUUACCGCAUGAUUCAAAUCAAUUUGUUGUUGGAAUGCGUACGGGUCAAAUUGUGCGACACAAUCGCUUUGGAAAAGUCAAUGAUCGCAUGCAAUACCAUCGAGAACGAGGCAUUGAACCAGCAAAUGCAUAUGCUGGUGUCGUAUGCAUCGACUUUCAUCCUUUCGAAUCGGACUGUUUUCUCACAGGGUAUGAAGAUGGGAGAAUUUGCUUAUAUCACGUAAAUGUGUCCCAAUGUCUUACGUGUUGGGAGCAAGUUGCAUUUGGUGUUAGCGUCUGUGCCGUAGCUUGGUCAAUAUCACGUCCAGGUGUCUUUUAUGCUUCGUAUUCUGACAGCAUAUUGCUUGUCUGGGACUUAAUGGAAUGCUCCAGCGGACCGACAUUAUCGCAUGACUUGGGUAAACUAAAAGAAUGGCCGCCUGGUGAGCUGACCUCAUCGUUGUAUCCGCUGGUGCUAUCAUCCGAAAAAAUACGAACAUCACGGCCUGCGAUUGCGUGGCGCGUGGACCCGAGUGUGUCAUCAUUUCAGUUUUCGGUAAAUGAGCUUGGUCCGGAGUUUAUUACUCGAGCAGCAAUGGAACAGCAAACGGUGGCAAACGUUCUCGCACAUAUUCUUUGA